CAUGGGAUGACUUCCUAUCUGGGCCGUCCGUCCGAGAAGGAACCACCCUAUUCCCGAAGUGAGAUGCACAUAUCUGAGAAUUCCUGAUGACUGAUCAGGGAGCGUGGGGGGCUUCUCACCUAUCCGGCUGUCUAACCGAUAAGUCCUGGGCCUCCUGGCUGAUAUUAGCCGAUGCGCACCAUAUCUCUCCGUCUCGCUUGCGGGCGCAGUGGUAGAGUGCAAACCCACAUACUGGCUUUGGGGGUCACGCUGAUGCUAGACCUAACACCUUGGUCUUGGGCGAUUGACUCGGGUGUGGGGGGCAAAUCCGGCUCCGUCUCCCCUUCGGGAGCGGGACCAAUUCAACGUUCCUCAACCAUGAUGGUGAUGCCUACUAGCAUCGGUUUCUAUCAACGGCAAUCCCGUCUCACGUUGCCGUCCCGGCUCAGCCUUGCACGGCAUUCCUCUCAAACCUAUCUCGGAGAUGUAUCCUAUCCGGACUAGUCCAGACAUCAAAUGCUCACCAAGAUCACUAGACAGGCUCAGGGUCUCAGAGUCUCAGGGUAAGGAUCGGCAG